GACUGCACAUAACUUCGUCUGUUCAAAGUUAACACCACUCUAAACAUACCGGAAAUAUUGUUGAAGAGCGGAAGAAACACAUGUUUAACAUAGGGAACUAAAAGUGAAAAUUAUGGGAAAAUAUCUAUCGAUCUGUGUACAUGUGCGAUGAUCGGAUUAUAUUUUAAACAGAUUCUGUACGUAUCGAAUCUGUAUUUACAAAGGAUGGAACUCAAAGUUUUUUCUAAUCUGAAAGAUGCGGUUGAUAUGAAAGGGAGAAGAUGGUGAAAUAAUAAAACACAGGUACAAUGUUUCCCCGAUCGUCGUUCCUUUAUAAAUGGACGGUUAUCCUACUACUUUUGAUUGUGUUGAUGUACUCUUUCCUAAUUCAAAAAACUACAAGAACUUUCUUACAAAAAAGAUUCCCAAGUGAAUUGGAUACUCAGUUUGUUUUGGAAAAAAGGUCAACUCGUGCAACCAAUGAAAUUUAUCGGACGGCCAACUAUGGCGUCACAAAUUCGACAUUUUCAAGUUUAAUGUCGACUUCGCCUCCUAUCGUGAAUCCACACGACUUUAGCUACAUCUUGAACCCAGCAAAUAUGUGUGCUGGAAAAGAUAUUUAUUUUAUUGUGUAUAUUCAUACAUCACCGACAAAUUUUCGGAAACGCCAAACAAUUCGACACACUUGGGGCGAUCCACAUCUUCUGAAAAAAUUCAAGGCUAGGUUAGUGUUUGUUCUAGGAAAAGUUGCAGACGAGAAAGUGAUGACGAAAAUAAAGAUGGAGUACAAUCAUUAUGGGGAUAUUGUACAGGAAGAUUUCAUGGACUCCUAUAGAAACUUAACCUACAAAGGAAUAGCUGCCUUCCGGUGGAUAACGCAUCAUUGUCGAAAUGCUACUUUUGCAAUAAAAUCAGAUGAUGAUAUUAUGAUAAAUCUUUUUAAAAUUGUUGACGAAAUAAAACUCAAAACGGUGAACAAAUACGGAACAAAGAACCUCAUUUUGUGUAAUCAGUGGAUACGAAUGAAAGUGCUAAGGGACGAGAAAAGUAAAUGGUAUAUUCCAAAAGCUGACUUCGAGCCGGAAUUUUUCCCACCGUACUGUUCUGGUUCAGCAUUUAUACUCAGCGUGGAUGUAGUCGAAAAGAUGUACAAAGCCUCAUUUUACACCCCAUUCUUUUGGGUGGACGAUUAUUACAUCACCGGUGCCCUUGCAAAGGCAAUCAACAUAAAGCAAAAACGUUGGAAUGAUUUUUAUAUGCUAAACGGCAAAGUUGUUGCCGAGAUAUUAAGAAACAAGUCAAAAAACAAGUAUGCAUUUUUUCAUAUAUCUAAAUUAAACUCUAUUCAUAAAAUGUGGCAAAAUUUAGUUAGUGGAAUGGAGGCUGACUCUAAAAACACAAAUGCUACAACACCGAAAUCCUGACGAAAAUUAUCAGGUAUUAUUGAAUAUAGACAUUUUUGUUAAAAGCGACUUAUAAUUGUACAUUCCCGACUGUUUUUUAAUCAUUCUAACUUGUUUCCAUUUUGUUAAGUCAUAAUUUAUAUUUUUGACGAUUUUAUUUGUAAAUUUCCUAAAGUUACGAUGUAUGGAAGAAUUUAGUAAAUAUGUAUCUUGCCUUGUAUAUGUUACAUUUAACCCUAAUAAAACUUGACUCUAAGAUGAAAGCAAACGCAUGAUUAAUACACAUGAGAAAAGAAAUCGCUUUUCCAAAAGCGUUUUCAUUCCAUCUUCAAUGGAAAGCAAAUUAUUAAUCCUAGAAUUGUUUGCAUGUACAUUAAAGUUCUUGCUUGAACAAGUUUUUUGAGAAAUUAUUUUGCGUAUCAACAAAAUGCAAGAAGGGACUAUAUUUAACAAAGCCACCAGAAAGGGGUACUUUCGGUGCACUUGCACCCCUUUAAAACAAUUCAAACAAAGAAUAUUCAUUAUUCAUCUAUUCUAUUCACAGGAAAUCAAGCUUAUUGGUAAUACAUGUAUAUAUAAAAUUAUGAGAUGAUUUUAACAUCUGUCAACAUUAGCUAAGCGAAUUUCCUACUAAAACUGUUUUAAAAAGGACGAUAUGAUUCAUUUUUUGUAGCAUAUUUCGUUUAACAGUAAAGAAAUGACUAGUCAUUCAAACAAGUAACCAUGGUAACAGAGAACGAAUGUUAGUACAAGUGUUUUAUAUGUGUUUUUAAUCCUUGUUGUUUUCAUUGUUAAAUUUUGCUGUUAUUCUUUGAAUAAAUAUGUUGAUACUGAACAUCUACUGACAGCACAAUCAGAUUUUAAGUGUAUUUUAUUCUCACUGUAUUUUAAUUACAUGUGUUAUUGUUUGCUUUUUAAUUUAUUUUACUGAUGGCUGCAUCAGCCCACAUAUUUAAGUAAAUGAAUUCAAAGAUAUUUACUUUGUACUUUAUAUAAAAAGGUGCAUCCACUGAACACACACGUUACAAAUGUUCUAGGUUCCAAUUGUGAACACUCCAAAUUAUGAAGUGAGAAAAGUGAACAAUUGUUUUUGUCAUUUUGUUUAGGAAUUUGACUGCAAAGACGUACGUAAUACUGGGGUACAAAGGAAAUGAUUGGUUUUUUUUUUCGCUUCUUUCUUUCUUUGUUUUAAAAAAAAUGAAUAAAGACAUAUGAAUGUGAAAAGGGCAGUAAACCAUUGAUUACUCUCCUUUACUAUAAAAUUAUUGUUGGUGAUGAGUUUCCUUGUAAUAUGUGGAAAUUUUCUGUAAAUUGCUGUUUAUAUUCGUUUCAUUGGAGUCAAAACAAAGCUAAGCAAUAAAUUCUAAGUUGCCAGUC